AUGGGAGCAGAAGCAGCGUCAGUAUCGCGGAGAAGAAGAAGAGAAGAAGAAGAAGAAGAAGAAGAGAGAGGAGAAACAGACGAGGAUUUAGAGGAAGAUGGUAACGGAAGUCUUCUCUCGGAAGGAGUCGUCGUCGGUGCAGAUCCGCCAAAGGUGGGAUCCUCGCACGAGGUGAAACUCGUUUCUCUGAAUUCUGCGAUGAAAAACAAUCACAACGACGGAAUGGUAACGGUGUUGGAGAAGGAGGAAGAGGACGAUGGGAAGAAGACGAAGAAGACAAAGUCGGUGAAGAUGAUGAUGAUGGCGCUGAGAUACACGCACGAGCGAGCGCCAGCCGCGGACGCGAGGAAGCCCGUUCGAAUGGUGAGGAGGAAAAAUAAUACUACUACUAACAACAACGAGCGCGGCGUGGUUGAAAUCGAGUUUAGGAACAAAGAUGAAGAGAAGAGCGGGAUUCGGUAUCGAGGGGUGACGAGUACGAGCGGUGGUGGUGGUGGUGGUGGUGGUCGCGCGACUACGAAGACGAAGAAGAAAAAGAAGAAGAGCGAUGGAAAAGAAGAGGAAGAAAAGGAAACCGCCGACGAUGCGGAUGAAGACGAAGAUGAAGACGACGAAGACGUCGAAGACGAUGAUAACGUGGAAUGUGCAAUCUUAUUUGAUGGAAAAACCAUCGAGUUUCGCGUGCUGGACGAAACCGUCGCCGGUUUAAGAGUGCAGCGGAAACGAGAGGACGAAGAGGAGAGCGGGAUUGUCUCGAAACGAUUGGAUAUUGGAAACGCCGCGGACGUGAAGAAUAAGAGGAAGAAAGUGAAUUUGUGA